AUGAAUAUUAACUUGUUAGCACUGUGUGUUUUACUUGUUGGAGCAGUUUUAGGACGAAAACAGUUAGAUAAUCAUUACCAAGUUGUGGGCGUAGACUGUAAGGAAAAUGAGGCAGUCAGCUGCCUGAUGAUUGAAUGUCCGACUGGCAAAUUUUGCCCGGCAGAGAACUUUUGCUACAACCCCAAAUGCGUUUGCCGCAAAGGAUUUCGGCGUGUUGGUGGUGUCUGUGUGCCAAAACACAAUUCUCUGCAUCUGAACAAAGCCACGCUGGAGUCGGCUCUGCUGGAAAUUCCCUACCAUGAGUUUCUCUUUUGAGAGUUCCGAUUGACUUAUUUAAUGGGUAAAUUAAAAGUUUUGAUUUUUAAUUGAAAAUGGAUGGAAUAACAGAAAUAACUUAAACUAAAAUAAAAACUUUUAUAUUCCUUAAA